AUGCUGCGCCAAGUGACCAAGUCGCGGCGUCUUGUGCGCUACUUUGCCUCAGACGCCAAGGAAGAUGCUGCAAAGUCCAUCUCUACGCCUGCUCCAAUUGUUGUAAAAAAAGGUGGAAGCUCGUUUAUGCAGCGCAUCAUGUCGUUCGGUGUUGGUGUGGCAGUGGGAGCUGGAUAUGGACUUUACGUACUGUCUGAAGACGUGGAAGAGUCCACACAGCAGAUUCAGCACUCUGUGGGAAAUUUAAAGGAUGAAAUGAUUGCACAGAAUGCGUCGCUUACGAAGAGGAUUGAAGCGCUGGAGAAGAGACAGUAG